AUACGCUUUCCAACACUGGGUCAGCUGAUUGUUUAUCUUGACUCUGGAAAAGAUUUGCAGUCGCUUCUUGCCGUUUGUUACUGUAACUGACCGGAGUUCAGUACACCUGGCCGGGAAAGAUGACGACACACUUCAGCAAUGUACUGCGGCAGGCAUUCAAAACGUUCGACCGGGCAAAUCACGCCAGCUUCAAUGCGAACUUGCAACACCUGCGUCAAUUGACGGAUGAGCUGACCUACCGGGAUCUGCACCUCCGCGACGAGCUCUUUCGCAACGGGGGAAGCCAUCGGGCACCGUGCAGCUACAUGCAUAUCUUCGAGGAUGACCGCUUUUCCAUGAGCCUGUUCAUAGUGCGCGGAGCGAGCACUAUUCCCUUGCAUGACCACCCCAUGAUGUUCGGUCUGCUACGCUGCAUCUGGGGCCAGCUAAGGGUGGACAGCUUUUCGCAACAGAUGGGCCCGGAUGAGCCGCUCACCUAUGAUCCCCAUCCGACAGUAGUGAAGGUAAAUGCCGAGGAACCCACCUUGGUCACGCCGGCUGGUCCGUGUGCCACAUUGACGCCUAGAAAGAGAAAUUACCACCAGAUUGCCCAAAUUGGUAAUGACGUAGCCGCAUUCUUUGACAUUCUUAGUCCGCCAUACGACGCGGAUAUUCCCACAUAUGGACCGCGACAGUGCCGCUUCUAUCGCGCCAAGGCGGAUGGCAGCCAGGUGCAGCUGCACUGCAUCCCAUCACCGGAUACGUACUACUGCGAUGUUGUGGACACGCCCGAGUCAGUGGUGCAGGCCGCUUUUCAGUGCGCCGACGAGGUCUAUGCCGAAAAUGCCAGCGGGACACAGUGAGUCGUUAUCUCUCUUCCCAGCAGCUAACACCCUCCUAUUUAUUUGCCCA